AUGGGCAUGGCAAAGGACGGCAAGCAAGGGCAAGGCGUCCUCACCAUCGAGGCAAAGCCCUACCCCUUUUCCUUCCCGCUCAAACACACCGCGCUGCUGGUGAUAGACAUGCAGCGCGAUUUCAUCUGUGCGGGCGGCUUUGGCGAGAUCCAGGGCGGGAAUCUAGAGGCCGUGCAGGCUUCGAUUGCGCCCACCAAGUCGCUACUGGAUGCGUGCCGCGACGCGGGCAUGCACAUUUUUCACACCCGAGAGGGUCAGGUCCCGUCGCUGGCGGACUGUCCGUCGUCGAAACUUGUUCGACAGGCCGCUGCCCCGGGCAACACCCAACAUAUGAAAGUCAUUGGCGACAAGGGCGAGCUGGGCCGGCUUUUGGUGCGCGGCGAGUACGGUCACGACAUCGUCGACGAGCUGCAGCCACUACCCUCGGAGGUGGUGAUUGACAAGCCCGGCAAAGGGUCGUUCUGGAAUACCCCGAUCCUCCACAAAUUGAAGGCCUACGGAAUCACCCAUCUUCUCGUUUCGGGGGUCACGACGGAAUGCUGCUUUUCAACCACGAUCCGCGAAGCCAAUGACCGAGGCUUCGAGUGCUGUGGCAUCGUGCAGAGCACUGCGGGCUACAACUCGGCCUUCAAAACCGCCUCCCUCGACAUGAUACACUGGUCACAGGGCCUGUUUGGGUUUGUGGCAGAUCUCCAACCUGUCCUUGAUGUGCUUUCCCCCUGGCAAACUCAGAAUAAAGGCGUCAGCACGCCCCCGCAAACACCACCGGCCUGGGAUGGAAAGCUCGGGAUUGCCGACCUCCAGGCCUCGUAUAAGCAUGGCUUGUCUCCCCUCGAGCUGGUAAAUGCCCUGUUCGACCGCAUUCAGAAAUACGAACACAUUGAUCCCGCCGUCUGGAUCCGACGAGAGUCAAGAGAGGCAGUUCUGGACCAAGCCCGUCGCCUUCUCGAGCUCUAUCCCGACAAGAAUGCUCGUCCAGCAUUGUUUGGUGUGCCGUUCACAGUCAAGGAUUCUAUUGACGUCCAAGGAAUAGAAACCACCACGGCGUGUCCGCCACUAGCUUUUGUGGCCACCAAAUCUGCCAUGUGCUACCAGAAGGUAGUUGGACAGGGUGCCAUAUACCUGGGCAAAGUCAACUUGGAUCAAUUGGCAACUGGGCUGAGCGGGUGCAGAAGUCCGUUCGGCAUCACGCAUUCUGUUUUCAGCGAUGAGCAUAUAUCUGGCGGGAGUAGCAGCGGAAGCUGUGUGAGUGUGGGUGCAGAUCUGGCGACCUUCUCGCUGGCAACAGACACUGCGGGGUCUGGGCGAGUGCCAGCUGGCUUCAACGGUGUUGUGGGAUACAAGCCUACGCGCGGGUUGGUGUCCUUUGAGGGCGUGACGCCUGCUUGCUUGUCGCUUGAUUGCAUCGCCUUCACCGCUAGGACGGUCGAAGAUGCGCGCACGCUGUGGCAGGCCUGCGAGGGAUACGAUGAAAAUGAUCGUUAUGCCAGAGAUACAUUCCCUGCCGAACGACACGUCAACUCGAUCGGUGCACAAAAGGGGACCUUUCGAUUUGGCAUUCCUCCUCCCGAGCUGCUCGAGGUCUGUUCGCCUAGCUUCCGGAAACUAUUCAAUGAAGCCAUCUCGCGACUCCAGGCCAUGGGAGGGACUCUGGUGCCCAUGGACUGGACUCCGUUUCAGAAAGCCGGAGACUUGCUGUAUGAAGGCACGUUUGUCUCGGAGAGAUUGGCUAGCUUACCCGACGACUUCCUGGAGAAGAACCGGCAGCAUCUGCACCCCGUCAUCCUCGAGCUAUUCGAGAAGGUGGUGGCACGACAGAGCACGGCGGUGCAACUGUUCAGAGAACUUCAGGCCAAGGCGCUCUACACCCGACAAGCCACAUCGCAAUUCUCGUCUGCAGACCGACUGGGGCUUGACGUGGUGGUGGUUCCCACGGCGCCGUGGCAUCCCACCAUCAAGGAAAUGCUUGCAGAUCCCAUCCGGCUGAAUGCGAAGAUGGGCACCUUCACCCAUUUUGCCAACGUGUUGGAUAUGUGCGGCAUUGCCGUGCCGUCGACGACAUACCAGGAAAGCGAGGCUGGCCCUCGUCUGCCAUUCAGCGUCACGUUCCUGGGCAGCCGCUGCUCGGAUAGCGAGGUGCUGGGGAUUGCCAGCCGAUACCAGGAGGCGACGGGGAGAUAG